AUGAAGGAUUGCUUACCAAGUGUUGCUCCUAUUGCGAAGGGAGAUAAGUUGAGUUUGGAUCAAUGUCCAAAGAAUGAUUUUGAAAGAGAAUCCAUGAAGGAUAUUCCAUAUGCUUCAGUUGUUGGUAGUCUUGGUUAUGUCCAAGUCUGUACCAGACCGGACAUUGCCUUUGCUGUGGGAAUGCUAGGUCGAUAUCAAAGUAAUCCAGGUUUAGACCACUGGAGAGCUGCAAAGAAGGUUAUGCGGUAUCUUAAGGGUACCAAAGAUCAUAUGCUCGUGUUUAAGCAGACGGAUCUAUUGGACGUCAUUGGGUAUUCUGAUUCAGAUUUUGCCGGUUGUGUUGAUUCACGAAAAUCAACAUCGGGGUACAUCUUUAUUAUGGCCAGUGGGGCUAUAUCAUGGAGAAGUGUUAAACAAACUUUAAUUGCCACUUCUACCAUGGAAGCCGAGUUUGUUUCAUGCUUUGAGGCAACUUCACAAGGUGUAUGGCUAAAGAAUUUCAUCUCUGGGCUUAGAAUCAUGGAUUCUAUAUCUAAGCCGUUAAAAGUUUACUGUGAUAACUCAGCUGCUGUCUUCCUAGCUAAAAAUAAUAAAAGUGGAAGUCGAAGUAAACACAUCGACAUUAAGUUUUUAGCUAUCAGGGAGCGCAUUAAAGAGAAAGUUGUGGUCAUUCAGCAUAUUAGUACUGAGUUGAUGCUAGCAGAUCCUUUGACUAAAGGCAUGCCUCCAUUUAAAUUCAAGGAUCUUGUUGGAAAAAUGGGACUUUCGUCCACUUUGUAA